UCCUCCUCCGCCGCCGCCGCCACCAGCAUGUGCAGCCCGGUGGAGCGGCGCCUGGGCGGCCUGCGGGCUCUGCUGGGGGGCGAGGGGGCGGCGGCGGCGGGGCUGGAGGGGCUGCUCGACCUCCUCAUCUGCGUCCACCAGGAAUGCAGCGCUGCCCCCCUGCGCCGGGAGCGGCCCGUGCAGCAGUUCCUGGAGUGGGCCUCCCCGUUGGUUUCCCGGGUAAAACAGCUGAGUUUGCGUCGUGACGACUUCGAGAUCCUGAAGGUGAUCGGGAGAGGAGCCUUUGGGGAGGUGGCCGUCGUGCGAAUGAAGCAGACGGAGAAAAUCUACGCCAUGAAGAUCCUGCACAAGUGGGAAAUGCUGAAGAGAACCGAGACGGCUUGUUUUCGAGAGGAACGGGAUGUCCUCGUGCAUGGGGAUCAGCAGUGGAUUACCACGUUGCAUUACGCCUUCCAGGACGAGCACUACCUGUACCUGGUGAUGGAUUAUUACGCCGGAGGAGACCUACUCACCCUGCUGAGCAAGUUUGAGGAUCGGCUGCCGGAAGACUUGGCCUGCUUCUACCUGGCCGAGAUGGUCCUGGCCAUCCAUUCCCUCCAUCAGCUCCAGUAUGUGCACAGGGACAUCAAGCCGGACAAUAUUCUGAUUGACACCAGUGGGCACAUCCGCCUGGCGGACUUUGGGUCCUGCCUUCGCCUGGCUCCGGACGGCACGGUGGAGUCGUCGGUGGCGGUGGGCACCCCCGAUUAUAUCUCCCCAGAGAUCCUGCAAGCCAUGGAGGACCGCAAGGGCAAAUACGGCCCCGAGUGUGACUGGUGGUCUCUGGGGGUCUGCAUGUACGAGCUGCUUUUCGGGGAAACCCCUUUCUACGCCGAAUCCCUGGUGGAGACGUACGGCAAGAUCAUGAACCACGAGGACCACCUGCAGUUCCCCACGGAUAUCACCGACGUCUCGGAGAGCGCCAAGGACCUGAUCCGCGAACUCUUGUGCCGCCAAGAAGUCCGUCUGGGCCAGAAGGGCAUCGAGGACUUCACGCGCCACCCCUUCUUCGAGGGCAUCGCCUGGGAGGACCUCCGCAAGAGUCCUCCCCCCUUGGUCCCCGAGGUGGCCAGUCCGGCCGACACCUCCAACUUCGAUGUCGACGACGACACCCUCAAAGAAGCGGAGACGCUCCCGCCGAUCUCCCACGCCUCAUUCUCGGCCCACCACCUCCCCUUCGUCGGAUUCACCUACACCUCCGGGAUACCCUUCCCCGAGAGACCUCCGGUGUCCCCCCCUACCAGCUCCAGCAUCAGCCGGCUCGAGAAAAGGAUCCGUCAGCUGGAACGGGAGAAACUGGAAUUGAGUCGGAAACUGCAAGAUUCUCUGGCGAGAUCCCCUUCCAAGACCUCGGCCAAGGACGCGGAGAUCCGAAGUCUCCAAAAUGAGGUGGCUACUUUGAAGAGGCAAUUGACAGAAAAUCAGCUGGAGAAUGACAAGAUGCAGAAACAGUAUCACAAUCGCAUGGCACUGGGUCAGGUGAAGGCGUUGGAGGACCGGGUGAUGUUUCUGGAGCAGGAGAACAAGGAUGCGCUCCAGGGUCAGACUGAGUUGCAGGAGCAGCUACAGGCUCAGGCUUGGGAGCUGCAAGAGGAGCAGGAGCGCCAUCAGGAGACGGCAGAAGAACUGCAGAGUGCCGAGGCCAAGUGUGGGGAGCUGCAGGCCCAGUUGCUGCGGCACUCACGCCUGCUGCGGGAACGACUGGAGGAGACGGAAGCUGCUGCUCGACGGGUGGAAGGGCUACGCAAGGAGCUGGCCCGUACUGAGAGUGGACGCAAGGAGCUGGAGCUCCGGAUCGAAAACCUGGUGGGUGAGGUGACCAAGCAGCGAAAGGGACGGGAGAGAGCGGAGCAGCAAAUGCGGAAAUUGAAAGACGAGCUGGAGGAGUUGCGGGCAAAGCCAAGCACGGCCAUCUUCAAGCGGUCCAGUUCCAGGAGACGUCCGGAGCCGUGCGGAGCGUGGAAGGAGGAGCUGCAAGCCAAGGGACGGCAGGUUGAGGCUCUGACGGAGGAGGUGGCCCAACUGCAGGAGCAGCUGGAGAAAACCAGGAGGCAGCGGUGCGAAAAUAUGGAGCCGAACAGAGGAGGCCAAGCGGCCAUGAGCAACAGCUGCAGCCCCCGGCCUUCUGGUGACCAGGUGGAUUCUCGGGGUAACGAGUCCUUGCACCCAGGACCAGGGAGCUGCACGUCCGAAUUCCACAAAGCUGCCUUCACCAACUGGGAGGUUCAGAUCGCCGACAUUUUGAAGUGGGUGAGCGAUGAGAAAGAGUCCAGGGGGUACCUGCAGGCCAUGGCGACUCGCAUGGUGGACGAGAUGGAAGCCCUGAAGCAGGCAGGGGCACAGAGCCCCGUGCCUAAGACCCCGGACGCGCUCUGGAAAGCCCGGCGGCUGCAGAAGGUGGAGGCCUCGGCCAAGCUGGAGCUCCAGUCGGCCUUGGAGGCCGAGAUCUGGGCCAAGCAAAGUGUCCAGACGGAGCUGGAGAGGCUGAAGGUGGCCCACCUGGGGCUGGAACGACAGUUGCAGGAAGCGGAGCAGCAGAACCGGACUUUGCGCCAGGACCUGGAGAAGACCAAAGGGGAGCUGAAGGCCCGCUCUCUGGAAGGUAUCAAGUCCCAAACGCCACUGAUUUCUUUCUUCUUCCGAAGCACCAGUAAGGACGCCAUCGCUUUUGGGAACAGCCCCGACUCUCAGGAGGCGCGGAGAUCGUCCGAGGAGGUUCAGCUGCACCCUGAAGGCAGGAGAAGCCUCCGGUCCAAUGCUGGAGCCCCCCUUGCCGAGAGUGGCUAUUCUGCACCCCUCAAGCCCAAAACCCACAGCUUCAAAACCCACAGCUUCUCGGCCCCCACCAAGUGCAUGCGCUGUACCUCGCUGAUGGUUGGACUGGUUCGGCAAGGCCUGGCUUGUGAGGCCUGCAACUUUGUCUGCCACGUUUCCUGUGCUGCUGGAGCCUCCAUCUGCCCCAUGCCUCCGGAUCAGCUUCAGAAAACCCUGGGGGUGAAUCCGGUAAACGGAACCGGCACCGCCUUUGAGGGGUAUUUGUCGGUGCCCAAGCCCUCUGGGGUAAGGAAAGGUUGGCAGAAGGCCUUCGUGGUCAUCAGCGACUUCAAGAUUUUCCUCUUCGAUGCCUCAGAAGGGAAGAUCUCUCAAGGUGUCAUGCAUGUCACAGAUAUGCGGGAUGAGCAGUUUUCCGUGGCUCCUGUCCUGGCCUCCGAUGUCAUCCACGCCAGCAAUAAAGACGUGCCUUGUAUCUUUCGGGUGACGUCCACUCAACUCUCCUGCCCUCCCACCACCAGCUCCAUGCUCUUCCUGGCCGACAGCGAGGCGGAGAUGCGGAGGUGGACACAGGUGCUGAGCGAGCUGCAGCAGCUGCUGCGACAGAACCGGCACUCCGACCGGGCAGUCUACGUGCUGAAGGAGGCCUACGACAACGGGCUGCCCUUCAUCCCGCACACCCUCUCGGCCGCAAUCAUAGACCGGGAACGGCUCACCCUGGGUACGGAUUACGGACUUUUCCUCGUUAAUCUCAGGACAAAUGAUGUGCUGCGGGUGGGCGACUGCCGGCGGGUGCAACUGCUGCUGGUUUCCCCUGAAGUUCAGCUGCUCUCCGUGCUCUGCGGCAAGAACCACGGACUCCGCAUCUUCUCGUGGGCGGAGCUGGAGACUCCCGAAGCGCCAGGAACCAAGGUGGUGGAGGCCAAAGGCUGCCAGGCGGUGGCCGUGGGGCUGAUCUGCCGUGGCACGACCCCCGUGCUCUGCGUGGCCUGCAAACGCCAGGUCCUGUGCUUCCAGCUGACCGCCACGCACCCGCCCUACCGUCGUAUCAAGGAGAUCCAAGCGCCGGGAUACGUCCAGUGCCUGGAUGUUUUGGGGGACCGGCUCUGCGUGGGCUAUCCGUCCGGCUUCUCCCUCUACCCUCUGCUCAACGAAGGGUCCCCAGUCAGUCUGCCCCAUGCGGACAAUGUCCGGGCAACCACCGUGGCCCAGAUGGAAGCGUUAAAAGCCGUGGAGGUCAGCCUGAGCGAAUUCAUCUUGUGCUUCAGCAGUUUUGGACUCUACGUGGACAUGCACGGCCACCGCAGCCGUGCCCAGGAGCUGAUGUGGCCGGCCGCUCCUCUCAGCUGCUGCUACAAUGCUCCUUAUUUGUCAGUAUUCAGCGAAAACAGCCUAGAUAUCUUUGAUGUCCGAAGGGCCGAGUGGAUUCAGACCAUCUGUUUGAAAAAGGUGCGCGCACUGAAUCCCGAAGGCUCAUUGUGCACCUUUGGCAGCGAAAAAGUCCGGCUGACCUACCUCAGGAACAAAGGCGCAGACCAGGAUGAGUUCGAAAUCCCCCAGACCACUGAUAACAGCCGGCGGUACCUCAUGAGGACUAGACACAAGCGGUGCUUCUCUUUCCGGAUCUCCGAGGAGGAGCGGCAACAUCAGAGGAGAGAGAUGAUGCAUAACCCCAGUCUCCGCGCCAGGCUCAUCUCUUCCCCGAGUAACUUCAAUCACCUGGUCCACGUCGGACCGAGCGAAAAGCAGCAUCAACUACAGGAUCUACACUUGGCGCAGGAAGAGAAGAGGCGGGAGGCCGAUGUCCGAAUGCGCUGCAGUAGCCUCUCCGAGAUGCGGCGGCCAUCGCCUGAGGGCCACAACGGGACCCCUUUGGGGUCUGUUUCCUCACUAAGACUCAAGUCAGCCAGUUCAAUCUCUGACAACUCCUCGGUGUCUCCGCAGUCUCUCUUCUCCGCCGUUUCGUCACUGGGAGAGGUCUCGGAUUCCAGUCUUCCGUCCAGCCCAAGGAGCACCAGCACCACAUGACAGGAGGGCCCCGGGGGUGCCGGUGCCCAGCCUCACCACAUGCGAAACAAGUACGCCGGUGCCAGUUUGCAACAGAACAUCCAGCUCGUUUGAUGCGCCUGCUUGUUGCUAUCUAGGGAGGGAGGGGAGGAAGGAUGGGCAGCAGCUGGAUUCCGGGUCUGCUGCAGGAAAGCCGCACCUGUGCUGCACUUAAUCCUACGGUGGGACAGUGGAUCCGUGUCCCUCGUGCACUACCCCCUCAGGAGAUCUGUGAAUCUUGGAGGAAACCGAAACUGCUGCUUUGUGGAUCCCACUGCUGACACCAAUUCUUCCCCUGUCCUGCUUGUUGCACAAAUAGUCAUGGAGUCAGGACCUUUGGUCAGGACACUUAAAGACCCUUUUAAUGUUUACUUUAAAAAAAAAAAAAAGCUAAGCUAUUUCCAGCCAUAUCCUAAACAGGAGGAGGUCUAACCUCUCUGGGUGAAUGCACAUUAAAAUAUAUAUAUAUAUAUAUAUAUUACAUUAACUGCCUGAAGGGCUUUUUUCUUGAAAUAGUUCCGGAGUAACGUGAGAAGUAACAGAAGGUUGAGGAUGUUUUUCCUUGCCUGGUUUCAGCCCAGACCUUUGAAUCAAGUGUGUUGUUUUCAUCAGGUUGUAAAAGCAGUAAAAUAAUUGCGCCAAACCAUCUCCUAAA